GAAGCAGAUCCAGUGAGGGGCAAUUGGCUGCGAUAAGGGAGGGGGUAAAAGGAGAGUGACCUGGGGACAUCGUGGCCAUGGAGGUGGAAGAGAGGGUGAAGGGUUUGGCAGGAACUGGAAGGAGGAAUUGGGAGAGAGCAGAGGGAGGGCAUUGGGGCUGCUUGGCAGCAUGGGGUGCUCCGUCCUGUAGGAUUUUGGAGGAGGCAGCACAGAGGAGAUGGAGAGAUCCAUGGGUGCAGGACGUGGGGUGCGGGGCACGGAGCUGGGGACCCCUCCCAGCACCUAGGGGUGGCCUCUGCCAGGCAGGGACAGAUGUGAGCGGUUCCUGCUGAGCAUGGGGACAAGGACGCAGACACACAGAGCGUGGCUUUGCUGAGGGCUUUGUUGAUCACUGGAGGAUGUCAGCGAUCAUCAGGGUCUUCCUUCUUCUUCAGAGGACUCCAUUGGUCAGCAGAGGAUGUCGGAAGGUGUCACUGACCAUGGAGAAGCCUUGUCCGUGCAGGGUUUGUGCCCCAGGACUUUGGGCAGGAGGAGGGCUGGCAGCAGCCCAGGGCAGGAUGUGGGUCCCCUGGGGACAGCAGCCACAGCCCCUGUCCCACCUCCUCAGUGACGCUGGGAGUCAGUGUCAGACGCCCUCAGUGUCCCUGUUCCAGUGCCAGGCUUAUUGUAAUGGACUUCAUCCUUAUGCCCAUUCUAAAGAUUUGUCCCUUGCUUUUUGCAGCUCCCCUUGAGAUACUGAAGGCCGCCCUUAGAAGGUCUUUUCUUCUGCUGGCUGCCAAAUUCGAUGCGUGUCAUGAAGUGCUUUGUAAGGACAAAGCAGUGGAACGUCUUUAUCCUCGAGAGAAUAGUUUUUAAAAGUCAGAUGGCCUCUGCUCUAGAAGCAGAUGUCAAAUGUGGCUUUUCUCCAUGGAAAACUGAUGCCUGGCAACUUGGAGACUAACGCAUAUUGCUUGGCUGACAGAGUUUUUGGCCGUUCUGUGGCAUGGAAUGCAACCAGCAUGGAAGCAUCGUUUGUCGCUGUGGAUUCUGAGUAAGAUUUCUCACCCUCUGCUCAUGAUGGGACCCGUCUGGUGCAGGCAAUCCGGUGCCGCCCCAAGCGCCCGGUGUGCAGUGGAACAGCGUCCUGCAUCCUUCCAUCAACCAGUCAGGCUUUGUGCAAGACCCAGGUUACUUGCAGAGGAAUGCUCAGGUGCCGCAGCACAGCUCUUCCCAGUCCGGCUCAGCCUUAUUUCUCCAUCUGCCUUCUGGAGGACAGAUGCACGCUGCAGUGGGGCCAUAUCAGCAGAACUGCACGGGAAGCCACAGACCCCAGGCCGGGCAGCACAGCCCUCAAGGCCACCCGGUUAUCCCAGUGUGAACCAAGGGGGAAUGCUGGGCACUGGACCUCCUUACGGACAGGGAACUAACAGCAUGGCUGGUGUGAUCAACCGCCAGGGCCCACCUUAUCCCAUGGGUGGGAACAUGGCUAACGGCUCUGCAGGGGUGGCAGCAAGUCCUGAAGUGAUGGGUCUGGCGGAUGUCAAAUUAACUCCUGCAACUAAAAGAAGAAAGAGGGGAGAAGAGACCCAAAAAGCAGAACUGCAGUCGAAGAAUCCCAGGCGACCGAUGGACAGCAGCUGCACCCCACCUGCCAAGCGGCUCAAAGCGGGGAUGCACAGCGUCCCAUGCAGCGCCGGGCAGGGGCAGCCGCAGCAGCAGCCCAGAGCUCUGGAGAAUCGCACCGCUCCCAGCAAAUCUGCAUCCCCGCAGCCAGGGAGGGGAAAGAAGAAGGCAGGACCGCCCAUCCCCGCCGCGCACGUGGCACCGGCAGCGGAACAGCCUGCCAGGAAGCGACGGGCCGUCUCCUUCCCUCCGGGAUCGGUGGAAGCUGCCAAGCCGGUGUUACAGAAAAGGAGGCGGCUGACAGCAGCAGAUGUUGGAGCUCCUGCAGCCUGGAGGGUGAUGAUGUCUCUGAAGUCUGGGCUGCUCGCUGAAAGCACGUGGGCCUUAGACACCAUAACUGUCCUGCUCCACGAUGACAGCAGCGUCGCGUCCUUUGACCUCAGGCAGCUGCCAGGCCUGCUGGAAGUCCUGGUGGAGUAUUUCCGCCGCUGCCUGAUCGAGGUCUUUGGAAUCCUGGAGGAGUACGAGGUGGGUAUUUGCCCAGGGCAAAGAUCACUCUGUGGGUUGGAGGGCGCCCACCUGCUCUGGCAGCUUGGCGGCGGAGAUACCACUGAGCACAUCCAGACCCACUUUGAGAGCAAGAGAGAGCGCUCCACGGCUGAGAGCAAUGGAAAUGCUCGGGAAGGGCAGGCUCCUCCAUCUGACAGCUCCUCAGCAAUUCUGGAGGAUGAGCCUCGCAGCAGAGACGAGGCACCGCUCUGCCUCACCCACGACUGGCAGGACUCUGUGGCGAAGCGCUGCAUCUGUGUCUCCAACAUCAUCAGGAGCUUGUCGUUUGUGCCGGGCAAUGACGCCGAGAUGUGCAAACACGCCGGGCUGCUGCUGAUCCUGGGGAAACUGCUGCUCUUACACCAUGAGCACCCAGAGCGCAAGCAGGCAGCCCUGAGCUCGGAGAGAGAGGAGCUCGAGCAGGACCAGGGGCUGAGCUGCGGCCAGGAGGAGUGGUGGCGGGACUGCCUGCAGGGGCUGCGUGAGAACACACUGGUGACGCUGGCCAACAUUUCUGGCCAGCUGGACCUGUCCCCUCUCCCAGAAAGCCUCUGCUUGCCCAUCCUGGACGGACUCCUCCACUGGGCAGUGUGUCCAUCAGCAGAGGCCCAGGACCCUUUUCCAGCGCUGGGGUCGAAUGCCGUCCUCUCCCCUCGGAGCCUGGCUUUGGAAACGCUCAGCAAACUGAGCACCCGGGACACCAACGUGGAUUUGAUCCUCGCAGCUCCCCCCACCAGCCGCUUGGAGAUGCUGUACAGCACCCUGCUGCGUUUCCUCCGCGACAGAGGGAGCCCGGUGUGCCGAGAGAUGGCGGUGAUCCUACUGGCCGCCUUGGCACAGGGGGACAGCCUGGCAGCGAGGGCGAUUGCCUCGCAGGAGAGGAGUGUGGGCGACUUGCUGGGCUUCUUGGAGGACGGGCUGGCCGCCGCACGGUGCCAGCAGAGCCAGGCCGGCCCGGUGCCCGAGCAGAACGCGCCCUGCGAGCCACCGAGCGUGGACAUGAUGCGCCGAGCGGCUCGGGCGCUGCUCGCCCUGGCCGAGGUGGGCGAGAGCCGCUCGCAGUUCAUGCUGCACGAGUCGCGGCUGUUGGACAUCUCCGUGUCGCCCGCGGUGGAUUCCUUGCUCUCCCAGGUCAUCUGCGACGUGCUGUUCUUCAUUGCCCGGCCCUGACAGCUGCGGGGUGCAGCUCACCCUGCGUGAGCGGAGAACUGAGAAGCCGACGGUUGCCCUUUAUUUAUGCACAGCCACCUCGGGAAUCCACUGCCUGCCCUGCGCUGUCCUGCUUCUCUCUUGGAGGAUGAUGUCCCCAUUUCCUUUCCCCUUCUCCUUCAAAUUUCUUCAAAUUUGUCCCAAAACCCUCAUUAAAAGACACAAAAUUCUUUCUA